AUGGAGGCCCCUGAGCCGGGAGAAACCCUGGAGUUGAGCCUGGCAGGUGCCCAUGUCCAUGGAGUGCACAGGAAAAAACACAAGAAGCACAAGAAGAAACACCAUCAAGAAGAGGCCGGGCCCACGCAGCCGUCUCCUGCCAAGCCCCAGUUCAAACUCAAAAUCAAGCUGGGGAGACAAGUCCUGGGGACCAAGAGUGUUCCUACCUUCACUGUGAUCCCAGAGGGGCCUCGCUCACCCUCUCCCCUUAUGGUUGUGGAUAAUGAAGAGGAACCUAUGGAAGGAGUCCCCAUUGAGCAAUACCGUGCCUGGCUGGAUGAAGACAGUAAUCUGUGUCCCUCUCCACUUCGGGACCUAUUAGGAGGGUUAGAGGGUCAGGAGGAAGAGGAGGAGCAGAGGUGGCUAGAUGCCCUGGAGAAGGGGGAGCUGGAUGACAAUGGAGACCUCAAGAAGGAAAUGAAUGAGCGGCUGCUUACUGCUCGACAGCGAGCUCUGCUUCAGAAGGCACGUGGCGGAGGGCUGUCUGUCCCCGCCCUCACAGAGGAGAUGCUGCUGAAGCGCGAGGAGCGGGCGCGGAAGCGGCUGCUCCAGGCGGCGCGGCGGGCAGAGGAGCGUAAGAACCAGACUCCAGCGGCUCACCAAGGCUGCAGCGCCCAGCGGACGGGGAGGCUGGGCCGCUGCGUCCUCUCCUACACCAGCAGCAGUGGGGAUGAUGACUUCUCCUUCUACAGCCAUCUGUACUGGCGGGAGUUCCGCGUCCACAGCAAGCUCAAGCUGGUCCGCCAGGUCCGGGUCUUCCAGGACCAGGAGAUCUACAGCGACCUGUACCUGACCGUACGCGAAUGGCCCAGCGAUGCCACCACGGUCAUCGUCUCCGGCUUCAACACCCGCUUGGCUAACGGCAUGCUCAUGAACAUGAUGAUGAUGAGCGAUGAGAACCACGGUGACAUCUACGUCAACACUGUGGCCGUGCCGCCGCCGGGCCUCUGUGCUGCUUGCCAGGAUGCCAGGCGGGCCCACCCAGGAGACCCGAACGCACAGUGCCUGCGGCACGGCUUCAUGCUGCACACCAAGUACCAGGUGGUCUACCCCUUCCCCACCUUCCAGCCUGCCUUCCAGCUCAAGAAGGACCAGGUGGUGCUGCUCAACACCAGCUACUCCCUGGUGGCCUGUGCCGUCUCUGUCCACUCGGCAGGUGACAGGAGUUUCUGCCAAAUCCUGUAUGACCACAGCACCUGCCCCCCAGCGCCUGCCAGCCCCUCUGAGCCCCAGAGCCCAGAUCCCCCUGCCCUCCCCAGCUUCUGCCCUGAAGCUGUCCCAGCCCGUUCCUCUGGGUCUCCUGAGCCCUCACCCGCCAUCGCCAAAGCCAAGAAGUUUGUGGCUCACAUCUUUCGCCGGGCCAAAGAGGCCAAGGGCGGUGCCCCUGAGGAAGCCCGGCCUGCUCGGUGCCCGGGACCCUCUGGCAGCUGCUGCCAUGCACAAUCUGAGGCCCUAGCCCUGGGUGGGGAGGCAGCACCCCGGGGCAGCCCCUCUGCCUCGGAGGCGCCUGCCCCUGAGCCUGGUUACGUCAAUAACACCAAGCUGUACUAUGUGCUGGAGUCCAGAGAGGGGACGGAGCCACAGGAUGAGUUCGAGGAAGACGAGAUCUCCCUGCCCUUCGUGGUGACCGAUCUUCAUGGCCGAAACCUGCGGCCCAUGAGUGAGCGCACUGCUCUCCAGGGCCAGUCCCUGACGGUGGAGCUGCUCACGCUGGACUUCGAAUAUGUCAUCAAUGAGGUCAUCCUCCAUGACGCCACCGGGAGCCGCCAGUUCUAUUCUUUCAGUGACUACGACAUAGUCAUUCUAGACGUCUGCCCAGAAACCAACCAGGUCCUAAUCAACAUUGGCCUGCUUCUCCUGACCUUCCCGUCCCUCACCAAGGAGGGCCAGCUCCGACCAAAGACCUAUCACACCAGCCUCAAGGUAGCAUGGGACCUCAACACAGGCAUCUUCGAGACAGUCAGUGUGGGUGACCUCACCGAGGUCAAAGAGCAGACCAGUGGCAGUGUCUGGAGCUCCUACUGCAAGAGCUGCACGGACAUAGUCAUGAAGUGGCUGGUGCCCCAGAGCAGCGGCUGCUGCAUCAACAGGAUGACCAACGAGGCGCUGCACAAAGGGUGCUUCCUGAAGGUUCUGGCAGACAGUGAGCGAUACGCGUGGAUCGUGCUGUGAGGGCCAGUCCGCCCCGGGCACUGACUCCAACUACCUCCCCGGGGUGGCCUCUUCCCGACCAGCCAACUGAUGACCGGCACUAGUGUUAGGCUGCGGAACCGGGCUGGGCAGGGCAGCCCCUGGUGGCCUGAGGGUCUGGACACUUUAUUUAUGCCUAUUUAAGUUGGGAAGGGGCUGAGAGAGGGUGCCCCCUGCCCCACCAGCCCGAGUGCCCCGCCUUCACCGCGACCUAGGCAUGGGCCUGGCCCCUCAUGCAUCGCCCUUUUCCUUGGCUACAGCUGUGGACAUUGCCCUGGGGGAGGCCGAAUGGACCCAAUUCCCCCCGCCCUUCCGCCUCCAGCCUCCAGCCUACCCACCCAGGCCGGCAACCUCCUGGCCAUCCCUACUCCGUUCUUAAUGUAAUAAAUGUUUUAA